AUGAUCUCGCUAUCUGACGUUCAAGCAUCAAAUUCUAGAAUUGCCAGCUCUCUUCCUCCAGGCCUGGUUGCUGUCUUUGUUGGCGCAACCAGCGGCAUUGGAGAGGCGACACUUAAACAAUUCGCAAAGUAUGCCAAAAAACCGCGAUGUUAUUUCGUUGGCCAAUCACAAGAGGCUGCAGAUCGAAUUGUGACCGAAUGCAAGGCUUUAAACUUGGAAGGAGAUUACAUGUUUAUGAAAGCAAAUGUCAGUCUUAUUCAAAGCGUCGAUGAUGUGUGCAAGGAAAUAAAAAACAAAGAGAAGACUAUCAAUCUCCUAUAUCUCAGUCAGGGAACAUUGGGUUUUUAUUCAGAAACUACGGAAGGACUGCAUUUUGCGUCGGCGUUAGCAUACUACUCUCGCGUUCGGUUUAUGGUCAAUCUUCUACCACUCCUCCGACAAGCUUCUGGACUUCGUCGAGUUGUCACUGUGUUCGCCGCGGGUAAGGAAGGAAAAAUUGAUAAAAGCGAUUACCAGGCUCGCUAUUUUUCCUUGCUCACAGUUCGUGGACAUGUAAGCUCGAUGAUCACUUUGUCGCUGGAAGCUGUUUCAAAGAUGGCACCAGAAGUAAGCUUUGUCCAUGAUUACCCAGGUGCCGUCAAGACGAAUUUGAUGCGUGUCAGCAAUCGCAUAUUGAAUAUCGUUGCAGAAGGAAUAAUGGCAAUUGUAGGACCAUUCAUUUUUAUCUCGAAUGAGGAAUGCGGUGAUCGUCAUGUAUAUUUCGCCACAAGUGCAAGGUAUGGGCCACCAGGACAAAUUAAAGAAGUAGCUUCAGGAGUGCCUUUAUCCGAUGGAGUGUUGCCUGCAAGAGGAACGAACGGUGAAAUGGGAAGCGGCGUCUAUUCAUUGCACUGGGAUGGAGAAAGUUCCGGGGCCAAGGUAGUCGAACUACUUGGCAAAUUGAGAUCUGAAGGUAAUGUCGAACAGCUAUGGAAACAUACUGAAGUCGAAUUCAGGCGAAUUACAGGAGUAUCACAAAUUUAA